AUGGCGACGGCCCAUUCCACUGUGGCCCUGGUAGAGACGGGGGAGGGGGAGGACGACCCGUGGAACUUACCAGAACUACAGGACGGGGCGGCAGCAUGGUCAGAUCUAGACACCAAGGGGAAGGUUUUGAGGGUGGUGACGUCGGCAGGGAAGGGACUUCUGCUGCUGGGGUUCCUGUACAUGUUCAUCUGUUCACUGGACAUCCUCAGCUCUGCCUUUCAACUGGUUGGAGGUAAAGCAGCAGGUGACAUCUUCACAGAGGGCUCAGUGCUGUCGAACCCUCUGGCUGGUCUGGUCAUAGGAGUACUGGUCACUCUGCUGGUUCAGAGCUCCUCUACCUCCUCUUCUAUAGUGGUCAGCAUGGUCUCCUCUGGACUGUUACAGGUCCAGAUGGCUGUUCCUGUCAUCAUGGGGACCAACAUCGGAACUUCCGUCACCAACACGCUUGUUGCCAUGACGCAGGCUGGCGACCGCAACAAGUUCCGCAGGGCCUUUGCUGGAGCUACGGUUCAUGACUUCUUCAACUGGCUGUCUGUGCUGGUCUUCCUGCCUUUGGAGGUGGCGUCGGGUUACAUGUACGAGCUGACCAAGCUGCUGGUUGACUCCUUCAACAUCCAGGGUGGAGAGAAGACUCCGGAACUCCUCCAUGUCAUCACCGACCCUCUAACAAAGGCAAUCAUCGAGUUGGACAAGUCAGUCAUCAGUGGUAUUGCCACAGGAGACCCGGCUGCCAGGAAUAAGAGUCUCAUCUUAAAAUGGUGCAAAACAUUCACCAAUGUGACCCUGAGGAAUGAGACGGUCCCCGGGCCAGAGAACUGCACCUCCCCAGCCCUCUGUUGGUGUUCCCAGGACCUCUGCUACACUCUGCAUAACAUCUCAGAGACCUACAACAUACAGACAUGUAAUCAUAUCUUUGUGAACGUGGACCUGUCUGACCUGGCGAUAGGCCUGAUCCUGCUGGCUCUGUCUCUGCUGGUGCUGUGUUCCUGUCUCAUCCUCAUCGUCAAGCUGCUCAACUCUAUGCUGAAGGGACAGGUGGCCGUGGUCAUCAAGAAGGUGCUCAACACAGAUUUCCCGUUCCCCUUUGGCUGGGUGACUGGUUACAUCGCCAUCCUGGUCGGAGCUGGAAUGACCUUCAUCGUCCAGAGUAGUUCUGUCUUCACCUCCGCUAUCACUCCACUCGUUGGUAUUGGUGUGAUCAGCAUCGAGAGGGCGUACCCUCUGUCGCUAGGGGCCAACAUCGGCACGACGACCACGGCUAUACUGGCAGCCAUGGCAGCACCUGGAGACACACUGGCCAAUGCUCUACAGAUCGCUCUGAUUCACUUCGUGUUCAACGUGUCUGGUAUCAUCUUGUGGUAUCCAAUCCCCUUCACCCGUAUCCCCAUCCGAUUGGCUAAGGCCCUGGGUGACAUCACGGCAGAGUAUCGCUGGUUCGCCGGCGUCUACAUCAUUUCCUGCUUCUUUCUCCUGCCCCUCUUCGUCUUCGGCCUGUCGAUGGCCGGCUGGAAGGUGCUGGUUGGUGUGGGCGUUCCCAUAGUGACCCUGUUGAUCAUCAUCAUUAUGGUGAACGUGCUUCAGGCACGGCUACCCAGCUGUCUCCCCACGGUACUGCACUCCUGGGACUUCCUGCCUCUCUGGGCCCACUCCUUAGAACCCUGGGACCGCGUGGUCGCCGUGGUAGCAGCCAAAUGCUGCUGCUGCUGCAAGUGUUGCCAGACCGGACCGGAGGAGGAUGAGGAGGAGGAGGAGAAAGGAGGAGGAGGGCAUUUCCUGGAGAUGUACGACAACCCUGCCAUGACGAACGGUGUUGACUGGGGGGAAAAGAGGGAGGACAAAGAGGAUGUUUUGAAAGCAACGCAGCUUUGA